UGGUUGCAAGGUCAAAAUCAAGAAAAUGCCUCAUACUUGUUAAGCCGGGAUUUAUUAUUUAUUCGUACUUUGGAGUAUUGUUUUAGAGAUGAAAUAUGAUACGUUGUUUACAACAUGCUGUGCAUCGGACCUUUUCUCUGACUAGAAACACUCUGUCAUCUCGUUCCUUCUCGCAGUUGAUAGGCAGACGAAACUGGCGAGGAUGUACUUGUGUUUGUCCGCAUUUAUUGCACCACAACCGACAGGUCCAGAGAUCACACACCAAAGAAAGUGUAGGAGUGGCUAUUGAAGCACCAUCGGGAAAUUCCCCGUCCUUAAAAUCUUUGUAUGAGAGUGUGACACAGACAUUAACUGCUGACCAGAAUGAAACAAUCAGUGAGACCUCCGAUAUAUCUCUACGAUACAUCACUGUGCACUCACUGUAUGACUUCUACGAGGAGUGCCCUUUUGGGAUUUUGUUUGAUGUUUGCUACAUAGACUCACAUCCUGAUGGGGUAGUCGGGAAGGGCAUAAAGACGGUGGUUUUCUUACCGGGAUCCCCUGGGUCACAUUUAGAUGUGUUACCCCUCAUGAAACCUUUAGCAAGAGCUGGGUAUAGAGUCAUUGCAGUCAACUUUCCAGGUUUUGGAAAAACCAACCCUUUUGUCAAGGCCCAUGAGUUCAUAUUUAGGGGAGCUACAGAUGAACGAUCAGACUUUGUUCUACGAUUUCUCCAGGAGCUGAGCAUUGACAAGGUAGACAUGUUAGUGGCUCAGGGGUCUGGGUGUUACCCCGCUCUGGAUCUGGCGGCCUCCCACACCUGGAUCAAAUCUCUUGGUCUUGUUUGCCCUGGAGGACACAGAGUAUUCAGAGGGAUUUCUCCAUAUAAGGGUGUUCAGAGAGUGGCCAGGAUGUAUGAUAAUAAAUUGUUACGAUUUUUCCUGUUAUUACGGGUUAUGAUUGACAAGUACAUAUUUCGGAGGAUUGGAACACGGAAUGUCCCAUUGCUUCACAUCAUCAAGUCCACUGUGGAGGCAGCCAACUAUCAGUUUGAAAAUAUGGAGACCAAUAUAUUUGCCCUGAGCAGUAGAGGCAUACCUGUAACGUUUGUUUACUCGGGUCAGGACUCGGUAGUAGAGACUGAUAUAUCAGAGGAGCUCGCUCAGAAAAUGAACCUAGAGCCUGCGGAAUUCGCCAAAAUGGAUAAAAAUGAUAAUUUUAUUUUCCCAGACAAAAAGAAAUCAGUGAAAGGUCUAUAUAUAGAACAAGGGAAACACAACCCAAUAAAAACUCAGAGACACUGUGAUGUGAUAGCACUGAUGUUACUAGACGAACUAAAGAGAACAACAAGGAGCCAGUCCUGAUAGGAUAAAAAUUGAUUAAAAUGAUCAGAUUGUUACUGUAACACAGUAUACAUGUAUGUUCUGUUGAAUGGAUUGAGAAUAUUUUCAUUAUUUAUGCUAUAAAAAUACCAAAAUUAAACAACAAAAUCAAUAAUCACUUCUGAAUUUUCUGACUGGAGAUUAUAUCAUUCAGAAAACGGGAUUAUGAAAAUUAUUUGUGAGGCUGGAGUGGAGGGAAACUGAUUUUGGAAUUGUGUUCUAAGAUUUUUUUUAUAAAUAAAGGAAAUUUGAGUUUA